GAAAAAAAGGAGUUUAAAAAUAAAACAGAAACAUCGAUGAUGCUUUAUAUAAUGCUCUUAAUGUAUCGCAAACAGCUGAAAUGAUAAAACGGGUGGAAAAUAAUUGCUACAUUUGACGGAAAAAUUGCACAAAGCACACCGUUUGUCUAGCUACCGUGAGUGCCUUCAUCAGCUGUUUGACUGAUGACGUCAUUCGUGGAGUGGUGUAAACAAACCAGAAUCACACGCGCAGAAAAAACCCCUCUACAUACAGGUGCAGAAACAGGCAAUGUGCGAUUUGAAGCAUAAUGUUCAAUUAAAAAACGUACAGCAAGGUGAAGUGUUUAAUUAUUCUACCAUCUUACUGAAGGGCGAUCUAGCGAACCCAUAUUGCGGUGGGAAAUUUCGCAUCCUAGCCGACAAUUCCCAAUCCGUCCCAUUUUCCGUCGCGAUAGAGAAUGCCGUCGGUAGUGAAGGUGAGAGCAAGCAAGUCAUUCGCAAGUUUCGCAUUCUGUUAAGACUUUCUCCCGGUGAACAUCAGUACGCGGUGCAGUACUGCAGCACGCAAACAUGUGUCCGCUUAGUGUACACAGCUCCGGAGAGACGGUUUACCGUGGCCCCCGUUUACAUCAUCUGCAAAGGACACAGCGGUCGCUAUCAGUCCAGUGAAAACGAUGCGCACAACGAUAGCGAGCAAGCGUGUCGCAAAAUAACGCUUGCCAUCGAGCUGCUCCAGUGUUUGUACGCGGAAAAGCUGCAGGAGCAUGGUUUCGGUCGCAAAACGUUCGCGCUUGAGGCACCGUGCCGUCCGUUCUACGCCGAGCUGCAGUGGGCUCAAUCUACCACCAUGACGGAAGAUGCCCUUUGGCACCGGUUCGCUGGCGAGCUGGUGCACCGCAAACACUACGACAUGGAGCGGGUGAAGGUGGUCGGCUUUCUGAGCAGUACGCACUUUGAAGGCAUCAGUGAUGGUGACUAUUCGUACGAGAACAUCCGGAAGCGUACGACCGGCCAUGCGGCACUGGGUGGCGGCGGGUUGGCCCUGUUCGGUACCGGGUGUCUCUACACGUGGCCCUCGACGCUGGAGACGGUUUGCGAUGCACUGCUAAGCGAGCAGCCGAUCGAUUGCGCCAAACUGCUGGACGAUAGCAACUACAGACGCACGUAUGGCGGAUGCUUUGCCACCACCCUCGGCUCGGUUUGCCACGAGAUGGGCCAUACGUUCGAUCUCGGUCACACCCCGGACGGUUCCAUCAUGGGCGAUGGGUUCGAUGCCAUCGACAACGUGUUUGUUGGGGGAGCUGGAGGUCGUGCGCAGGGUGCGAACGGACCGAAACGCCUCAUCGCUACCAAACCGGGCGGUCUGGCCGGUAGACUGACGCAGCUAAAACGCCCAGGCGAGGUGCUACGGCAGCGACUGGAAGCGAAGCAAAACGAUGGUGUCUUUUUUGCGCCCACAAGUGCACUGACGCUCAGCUAUCAUCGGUGGUUUAACGACGCACGGAAGGGUUGCGGUGGUGGGUCAAUGAAUUUUGAUAACACCACCAGAACGGUGUCGUGCAACGGGUCGAGCAUCGUUUUGGUGGAAUUACGCUCCACCGACAGUGGCAUGAUGCAAAAAUGUUGGACGUUCCAGGAGGGACAGCAGCCUCGACCCAUCUCAUUUACGCUUCCCAGGCUAGCAAACCUGCCAGAGCUGACGUUGUUUGCCGUGGACACUGAGGGGAGCGUUCUAAAGAUAGACCUUAACAGUAUUAACCAAGCAUAAAUAGACGAAGCACAAACAGAAGCGUGAUAAAACAGGACUUUUGCUAGCUGCGCUGAAAGGGCAAGCAAAAAUAAAACCCUUCCCAGUUGCUUUAGCGUUUAAAUAAUUAAUUAGAAUUGAAAUGAUGGCUUCAAAUUAUUAUUAUUUAAUAUGAUGACUGUAAAUUGCUUCCAGAUUGUAGCUGGUAGCAACCAGAUUUACUGAUAACAAAACAAUUUAAAAAUAUUGCCUCGGACAGCAUGGAACUGAGGGUGUUGCUGACGUUGGGUCUAUCAGACAUGCCGCCGUAUGGCCUAUAUUAUUUUUCUCGCCUUCGCGGCCACCACGAAAUUAUAUGAAUUAGUCUUAUCUCACAUGCUACUAAACAUUCGAUCUCGGUACGUUCUUUUCCCC